AUGGGUAUCAUUUUAUUGUUGGUCAUCAUUUUGACAUCAGCUUUUGCGUCAUGUAUUUGUUCUGCCUUCUGCUUCUGUUGUUACAAAAGGGGCUUUAUCCAGGCUCAAAAAUCAAUUCAAAAGAAUGAUCAGCAAGAAGAGGAAGCUCAGUACCAAGGUCAACAUCCUAGUAAUGAGAUUUCUGAUGAAGACCACGCUUACGAAAAACCUCUCCCACCGACCAAUGAAACUUCACAAAACCAUGAAUUAGAAUUAUCAGCGUACGAGGAGGUCAAGGAAAACCAAAUUGAAGAAUGUCAGUUUCAGAAAACUGAUGAAGGUGUGUAUUUAACACCAGUUAUUCAACAACACCCUCUUUCCUCUGUUGGAGCUGGGAAUUAAGAGUCUGCGUAUACACAGGCCACGUGUCCACUAUACACAUGGAAAACAACAAACAGUUUUUCGCAUCAGUUUAUAUUCUGUUGCAUUUUUGUUGCUUGAAGUUUCGACAAAAAAAGAAAUCAAGAAAGGAUUAGUUGACUGUUUAUUCACAUAUAUAUUAGAAAACAAAAUGUAUACA